UCCCCCUCUCAGAGCAUGAAGAGGGGAAGGGAGAGACUGGGGGAGCUCUGCUUCAGCUGUGGGCCCAGAAGGCGAGACUUCAGGAUCCCCUCCACCAUGGCCUGGUCCCCUCUCCUGCUCACCCUCCUGGCUCACUGCACAGGAUCCUGGGCCCAGACUGUGCUGACUCAGCCAUCCUCAGUGUCUGGGGCCCUGAGUGAGAGGGUCACCAUCUCCUGCAGGGGAGGCAGCAGCAACAUCGGUAGAUAUGAUGUGCACUGGUACCAACAGUUUGCAGGGACGUCCCCCAGACUCCUCAUCUAUGAUAGCAGCAAUCGGCCCUCAGGGAUCGAAGAUCGAUUCUCUGGCUCCAAGUCUGGAACCUCGGCCUCCCUGACCAUCUCAGAUCUCCAGGCUGGGGAUGAGGGUAUCUAUUUCUGUCACUCCUAUGACAACAGCCUCAAUACUCACACAGUGCUCCAGGCCAGGGGGGAAGUCCAGAGGCUGGAGGGCCUAUCCACUUGUCCGCAGGCUGGGUCCUUCUAG